GUUACGUGCGAGAUGCAGCCACAGUGACGCUACACUGUCGAAAUAAUAUAACCUGCUGGGAUCGUUAGUGUUGCAGUGCAUCAGAGCCGACUUUAAGCCUGUGGACGUGAGGCAUCAUGGCUGAGCAUCAGAGGCAGCGCUCUCUGUCCACCGCCGGGGACUCUCUCUACCUUGUGCUGGGAGUUGAGAAGGUUGCUACGUCAGAUGAUAUCAAGAGAUCUUACAGGAAACUGGCGUUGAAGUUCCACCCUGACAAGAAUCCCGACAAUCCAGAGGCAGCCGAUAAGUUCAAGGAGAUAAACAACGCUCAUUCGAUUUUGAAUGACCCCACAAAGCGUAAUAUCUAUGACAAAUAUGGUUCUCUGGGACUAUAUGUGGCUGAGCAGUUCGGAGAGGAGAAUGUCAACACUUACUUUGUCCUUUCAAGCUGGUGGGCAAAGGCUCUGUUUGUAUUCUGCGGUCUGGCCACUGGCUGCUACUUCUGUUGCUGCCUAUGUUGCUGCUGUAACUGCUGCUGUGGCAAGUGUAAACCACGACCUCGGGAGGGCCAGGAACAGGAGUUUUACGUGUCCCCCGAGGACCUGGAGGCUCAGCUGCAAUCUGAUGAGAGAGAGGCCGGAGGUGACCCUAUAAUGCUGCAACCAUCAGCAACGGAGACAACCCAGUUAACAUCGGAUGGGCACCACUCCUAUCACACCGACACUGGCUUCAACUAA